AGUCGACGCCUCGAGCUUCUACCUCGCGAACGUGUUCUUCUCUCCUCGUAUGUACAAUAUAACGAGUCGUCUCUGGCUCUCGAGAGCUUUUGUGAAGGAUUUCCUAAUACGCGAGCCGCGCCAAGUGGUGUACACACUUCACCUCAUCCUCGCGCGUAUAUAUAUAUAUCUAGGACGAGGAGGAGAUCGUGCCGCGGUAACUCAGUGGCGAUGAUAGUGUAACGACGGGGCUCUCGUGUGCCGAGAUAAGGAGUAAAAUCGUCAUCUCUGUCUCUUGGGCUCGUAAUUUAUAUAAAAGAGAAUAUCUCAUCGCUCGUGACGCGAUUAGCCGGAAAAAGAGAGAGACAGAGAGCGCACAAUGGACCUCUCAGAUGUUGAUGUGCAGAGCGACUUCCGUCGUCGUCGACCCUGACUAUAGAUAAUAUAAUAUCGACGAUUACCGUUAUGCCUUAUGUUUAAUUGCGUUACGGAGGAUUUUUGAAAAGCGCGCGCUUUGUUCGCUGAUAGGAAGGAUGGAGACGAACGCGAGCAGUUGCAAUAAUAAUAACAACAACAACAACAACAACAACAACAACAAUAAUAAUAACGGUGGAGGACAGAAGGCGAAGGCUGCGACGGUGAGGGAGCCGAGCUCCUUGGACGACGCCGUUGGGAAACUGCUGCAGGGCUACGACUGGACGCUGCUACCGGUGACAUCCCGAGCCGGCGGACGACGAAGCGCACAUGUCAAGCGGCCCAUGAACGCCUUCAUGGUUUGGGCUCAGGCGGCGAGGAGACGACUCGCCGAUCAGUAUCCCCAGCUGCACAACGCCGAACUCUCCAAGACACUCGGGAAGCUGUGGAGGAUUCUGAGCGACGGAGAGAAGCAGCCGUUCAUAGAAGAAGCCGAAAGACUGAGAAGCGCGCACAAAAAGCAGCAUCCCCAUUACAAAUAUCAGCCGCGGCGAAGGAAAGCAAAGUCCGACGAGCAGACCUCGACGACGUCCUCCUCCUCGUCUCAUCGAAGCAACGGCAGUAGCGCUAGUCUGGGCAACCAGGACAUCGUGAACCCCAGCUCCGACUGUGCCUACACCAGGCUCUAUCCCGAGAGUCCCGUGAACAAGCCCAUGCCUGUCAAUACUUACGGCGCUGAACUGGCCCCUCGAGUGCCUUACGAGAUGGCCAAGUACACGAUCGACCAACACGGGCUGACUCACGGAAAAUGUCUGGAGGCCACCCCGCGCUACGCAGACGCCACAGCCCACCACCAUCACCACCACCACCACCACAGCCUGAAGUACCCGGAGCUCCAGUCCAAGAGCUACGACAGCCCCAUCCCCGGCACUGGCACCCGUUACGAGCCACAGAAAUACCCCGACCCCAAGGGUUACCCCGACUACACGGCCGCGGCGACGAGCGGCAUCGGCAAAGCCGCUUAUCACGGCUGUGGACAUCAUCCCGGCUCGGCGCAGUACUACGCCGAGGGCUAUCCCACUGUUAACGCGACUCACGAGGAGAUCGACGGAUACGGACAGGCUCAACCUGCCGCGACCUUUUAUCCCUACAUAUCGUCCAUGACGCAGACGCCUUAUUACGUAGCGCCGCGAUGAAUUGCAUUAUGUCGAAGGCAUUAGACGUCGAGACAAUGGAUAGGAGAUAUCGAUCGAAAGAACGUAUAUAGUAUAGUCAGUGAUUGAAAGUACGGAGUACAAAUUAUCGUGAUUUUUCUACGAUGGCGGAGAAUGAGUAAUUUUUUGGAAAAUUCAUUGUGCAUCGAAUGUUCCUGUUACGUAAUGUUCUAGGUGCACGCAAGAAGGAGUAAUCGUGUUACGUAUUUAUACUGUGGUGAAUUUGUCUUAUGCUAUAUAUUAUUUUCGUAGACUUGUACUUGUCGCUAGUGAACGUUGAGUCGAUUUAACUUAUAUAAUAAUAUUACUUUAGAUGCAUAUUCUUGACAAGAAUUUCUCACUGUGUGAUUGUAUACUCUACGUUAUCUUUGCGUACUUAAAUAACUAUUUAAUAAUACCCGUAAUGUACUUAUAGGAUUUGAAAAUUCAAAUUUUUAUUAACCCACGUCUGUUAUCUAUCUAUGUAUGUGAUUUACAAUUAGUAUAAUAAUACUCUAGAAUCAAAACUGGUGUACGUUGUACAUACUUUCACAAAAGUUGAGACUCGAUUUUUUGUGAUCGUCAGAUCAACUAUGAGCCUUUUACUUAAUAUAUUAAUAGGAAUAUGCC